UUGGGAAGGCUUGGACUGAAUACGGAAGGCCAAACUGGGAGAAUACUAUGAACAGAGAAUGCUGUGGGGUGGUCCCACGCCAAGUACAGCACAUGAAAUUCCCCGUCCUGGAAACAGAAUUCCCAUCCCCUCAUAUUCCCCAGGUAAUUGUGGAGAGUGUGCAACCCAAAACACUUAUUUCACGAACAAUUGUGUUUUCCUCUGAAAUCCUAGGACUUGAGAAGCACUAGAAGGCAACACGUGCUGUUGAGAGCUUCCUCUCAAAAAUCUGCUGGGGCCAGUGAAUUGCCGAGGUUCGCUCCAGAAAAAGACUCCUCUCAGCGGACACUACAAGGCGGGUGAGGGCUAAGGCAGGGCUCCUGGUGUCCUGAUCACCAGAGGGGCGGCUUUCCCCAUCCACCCCUAAAUCUUGGCCCAGCUCACAUGUGAGACCUGAGCCGUCGGUCCAGAGCUCAGCUCCCACACCCAUAAGGUUUUGUCAUUUCCAGUGUCAACCGCAAAAGGUCACUAUCCUUCAGUCACUGCGCAUGUGUGGCCAAGGCUCACGCAGUACUGCGCCAGUGCAACAUGCGCCCCUGCUUUGUAAAAAGUGGAUCGGAGGGGGGGUGGGGAUGGCGGGGGGCUAGCGCCACAGGACCGGUCUACAAGUCGGCCCUGUGAACCGCGUGCCCAGUGGAGGGCCCAACGGCCCUGGGUAAGACAGCCAUCGGGCGUCCCGGGGCUGGGCUGAGCGCCCCAAUUGGCCCCGAACCUCCCGGGGAGGUGGGGGUGGGGGUGGACUGGGCCAGUCAGCCUGCAGCCACCGCUUACCGGCUCGGGAUUUUCCCUAGUGGCCUGGCCAAGGCCAGUGGGGUUUGCGGCUGCAGCUGCAGCCCUGGUCAUCUUAAGGGAUAUGGCACGCGCGCCAGGCAGAGCAGCGCUGGGAGGAGCGCCUGGCCAACCUCAGCCACGCUGCAAAUGGAGUCGCUACGAGCUGUGCAGCUUCCUCCGCCACCACGCAGGAGCGCCCGAAGAACCCAGGCAAGUGCGAGGUGGAUCGCUUGGCUGGCUGGAAGCCCUCCGUGUACUACGUCAUGCGAUCCUGUGCGUGACUUUCCUCCGCGUCUGCUGCGCCUCAGCCAUGUAUGCCUACAUCGGGGUAGAGCUACUUUGCCUCGCUCUACUUUGUGGCACUCAGCAUCAUUGGCUUUGGAGACCUCUGUCAGCAGCCAGAAUGCCCAGUAUGAAAGCCAAGACCUCUACUGCCUCGCCAAAUUUGUCUGCAACCUCACUGGCGUCUGCUGCACCGACUCCUUUUUCAGUGUCCUCUCUGUCCUCAUCAAACACUCUGUGAACUGGAUCCUGAGGAAAAUGGAUUCUGGGUUCCACCAGCAAUGCCAAAGACGACCCUGGAGGUCACGGACGAACAUGGUGAUGCUGGGCAACGUCAGAACCAGCGCAACAUCUCCACAGAAACAGAUGGAGUGAUGGAGAGUGACAUGGGCUGGCAGCAUCCCUUGGGGGUGAGGAUCUCUGUGAAGGGCUUUCUGGCAGCCACAAGGUGUCAGUAGCCAUCCUCCAGACGCAGCUGUCUGAAACAGCCAACAGUAGCCCCCACCAGGCCAGCACGCUGUCCAGGUGUUGGGGCAGCGUUGUGUAGUUUCCUUGCUUCUUGUCCCCACCACAACAAAGAAUGGAAGGGCAGAGUCACAGUAGUGAAGCGGGGUAAAAGUUUUAUUUGAAGUUACUUAAAGAGAGAAAAUGUGUAGGAUACCUUAGGGAGGAGAUGCACCCUGAGAGGCUGGUGAAAGUUUAAGGCUACAGACAUAGAAACUACAGGCGACCGCAGAGGGAGGUGUGCUGAAAAAGUUACAGCAAUGCCCUUGGAAUGUGGAGGCGACCCCAGAGAGAGGAGCGCUGUUGUAAGUCCGGGGGAAAGGAAAUCCCAAUUUGAAAAAGACAGAUGCACCCCUAUGUUUAUCGCAGCACUAUUUACAAUAGCCAAGAAAUGGAAGCAACCUAAGUGCCCAUCAAUAGAUGAAUGGAUAAAAAAGAUGUGGUACAUAUACACAGUGGAAUAUUAUUCAGCCAUUAGAAGAAAACAAAUCCUACCAUUUGCAACAACAUGGAUGGAGCUAGAGGGUAUUAUGCUCAGUGAAGUAAGCCAGGCAGAGAAAGACAAGUACCAAAUGAUUGCACUCAUAUGUGGAGUAUAAGAACAAAGAAAAAAACUGAAGAAACAAAACAGCAGUAGACGCACAGAACCCAAGAAUGGACUAACAGUUAUGAAAGGGAAAGGGACUGGGGAGGAUGGAUGGCAAUGGAGGGAUAAGGGGAAAAAAGGGGGUAUUACUAUUAGCAGACAUAAUGUAGAGGGUGGGGGUCACGGGGAGAGCUAUAUAACACAGAGAACACAAGUAGUGAUUCUAGAGCAUCUUACUAUGCUGAUGCCCAGUGACUGUAAUGGGGUAUGUGGGGGGGACUUGAUGAUGGGGGUAGUCUCAUAAACAUAAUGUUCCUCAUGUAACUGUAGAUUAAUGAUACCAAAAUAAAAAAUAUAAAAAUAAAUAAACUUAAAAUAGAAUCUCAUUUGACCCAGUCAUUCCACUCCUAGGAAUUUACCCAAAGAAAACAAGACCCAUGAUUCAAAAAGACACAUGAACAUCUAUGUUUAUUCCAGCACUAUUUACAAUAUCCACGAUAUGGAAGCAACCUAAGUGUCCAUCAGCAGAUGAAUGGAUAAAGAAGGUGUGGUCCAUAUACAGAAUGGAAUAUUAUUCAGCCAUAAGAAGCAAACAAAUCCUGCCAUUUGCAACAACAUGGGUGGAGCUAGAGAGUACUAUGCUCAGUGAAAUAAGCCAAGCGGAGAAAGACAAGUACCAAAUGAUUUCACUCAUCUGUGGAGUAUAAGAACAAAGAAAAAAACUGAAGGGACAAAACAGCAGCAGACUCACAGAACCCAAGAAUGGACUAACGGUUACCAAAGGGAAAGGGACUGGGCAGGUGGGGUGGGAAGGGAGGGAUAAGGGCAGGGAUAAAAAAGGGGGCCUUAUGAUUAGCAUGUAUAAUGUGAGGGGGGCACAGGGAGGGAUGUGCAACACAGAGAAGACAGGUAGUGAGUCUACA